AUGCUCACUGGAUUUAAUUGGAUUAUUGUUUUAAUGGUCAUUCUUAUUUAUUGUUUGGGCGAGUACAUAUCACUAGUCAAUGGAUUUAAUAUCGAUUUAAAAUCUCCACUCCUCAAAACUGGACCAGAUGGUUCUAGUUUUGGUUUUUCCUUAUUGGGAUAUACUCACUUUUCAGGACAGAAAGGGGUGGUCAUAGGAUCUCCAACAGAGGGAAACAACGGUGGACUGUUUUGGUGUCCACUUCUGAGGAGCACGUGUAGUCGAAUCGAUAUUGAUCUAGAAAAAGAGACUCAUAUGCAACCUGGACUAAAUGGAGCACUUUUAGGAUAUUCAAUGUCUUCAGCUUUUAACAACAGCCUGGGACCGAUUACUGUUUGUGCACCUCGUCUUUCAUGGUCAUCAGCAGCAUCUGUUUAUUUACCUGGUGGUUGCUUUGAAUUUAAUGAACGUUUAGAAGAGCCUCAAUUAAAUCCUGCACCAAGUGCAAUUUGUUUAAAUGUUAAAGAUUCUGAUAAAUCAAUUGAUCUGAGAUAUUGUACAUUUGGUGCAUCAGUUAAUCAACAUCCUAAUAGGCCAAAACAAUUAUUUAUGGGUGGUCCACAUUUUUAUUUUGAGAAAGGCGUUGGGGCUUCAGUGAAUACAAACACCUUUGAGCGAGUAAUAACCUCAGUUGAAAAUAUUCCUUCAAAUACACUUCUUGGUUCAUCUCUUGACACUACCGAUCGAUUGUAUGCACCAUUACCGGGAUUAAAAUCACAUGAAUUGUAUGUGGCUUAUGGUGGUCCAGGUGUACCAAGUAGUGCUGUAAAUGGUUUCACUGAUAAAACAAAAUUUGGCACUGGGAUUGUAUUAAUAUUUCAAAGUAAUAAACAAAAUGGUAGAAAUAAUAUCAAACCAUUGAUGAGAAUAGAAGGACAAAGUUUUGGUAGUCGAUUCGGUCAUUCACUUAUAUUUCUCGAUAUUAAUGGAGAUGGUUGGGAUGAUCUAAUUGUCGGUGCACCUUAUCAAUAUUCCAAUACGACUGUCGGUGGACAUAGAAGACACGGAGCAGUGUUUAUAUUUUUAAAUAGACAGUCAUAUUUCUAUACACCAGUGGAUGAAGUCAGUGGCGUGGAGUUGUUUAGUUAUAAUUAUCCUGAAACUUUUCAAAUAAUUACACCUCCAUCUCAUAAUUGUGGUAAUUCACAUAUUCCUGGAUUUGGAGCGACAAUUACAAAACUUGGUGAUAUUAAUCACGAUGGUUUUCAAGACUUUGCUGUCGGUGCUCCUUAUGAAGACAACGGUGGUGCAGUCUACAUAUAUCAUGGAAGUAAAUCUGGAAAACUACAAAAACCAACACAAAUAAUCUGUGCAAAUGAUUUGCAAAGUCCAAGACCAUUAGAAGGAUUCGGAUUUUCACUUGGAUUGAAUGGUGCCGACUUAGAUGAAAAUGGUUAUCCGGAUAUGGCGAUUGGAGCAGCUUUGUCUAGCUCUGUUGCAGUGCUACGAGCUAGACCUGUAGUCAAGCUAAGAGCAUAUUUAACAUUAAUGGAUGGUAGUACUACUCUGCCUAGUUCAUUAAAUUCAUUAGUGGAUUGUACUCAUGAAGCUCAAUCGAUUACUGGAUAUAAAGCUCCGUCGGCUAAAUGUAUUGAUAUGAAAUUAAUUCUCACAUACACCAGUGUUGAUGGUAUAUCUUGUAGUCCACAUAAAACGUAUCCAGUAUCAAUUUUAUUGAAAUACAAUCCAACCAAUGAAUGGAUUUCAGAAGGUUGGGAUCAAACUUCACAAAAUCAUCCACCAAAUUACGAAAAAGGUAAUGCUUUUUGUCGUGAUCUACACAAAAUAAAAGAGAAUAUACCAUUCAAUCAAGAUGAAUUGAAUUUAGCUAGUACAUUACGAAUAAUAUUUCGAGAUACAUAUUUGAUUGAUCAAACUGAUCGUUUAAAAAUUGGUGUCAAAUGGAUUGCUAAAAUGACUGAACCAUAUCCAUUAGCUGAUCAAAUUGACGAGUAUCCUGUAGCCGAUCCACGUGCAAAUACUGAACUACUUCAGAUAUCUUUUGAUAAUCCCUGUGCAAUUCGACAAUGUUGCCCAACUGUAAGAGUUAGUUAUAAUGUGAAAGUAACCAGAGAUAAAAAUGGACCUGUUGUUUAUGUGGGUGAUGAUAAUAAUCAAACAAUUGAAUUAUCCGUUCGUGUAACAAAUAUUGGCAAUGAUUUAGUUUAUGCUACUGGAUUAGUCAGCAAUUUUCUACCAAAUUUAUUGGAACUUGAUUCAACUCUUAAAGAAGCCAGUUUAAUUCAACCGGAUACAGCAAUCUGUCAUCUUCAAUAUCCAUUGGCUUCUGGUGAAUCAAGUGAAUGUAUGAUACGAUGGCUUGUAAUCGGACAUCAGUUAACUGUACAAAUGGCUAAAUUUCAUGUAAAUAGUACUGUAUUAAUAAGUUCUAAUAAUCCCAUACAAGUUGAAGGACAAUUAACUAAUGAAUUACAAGUAAAUAUUAAAAUGAUUGUCAAUGUUUCAGUAUUUGGAACAACUGAACCGAAUACAAUUUACUUUAGUGGAAAUGUUAGUGACGGGAUUAGUUCAAUGUCAGCAGAAAAUCAAAUUGGUGAUGUUAGAAUUGUUGGUAAAUUUACUGUACGAAAUUUACGUAAACAUAGUUUAAUACCAGCAUCACGUCUGAUCAUCGAUUGGCCUUUUGAAUUCGCUGGGCUCAUCAAUGAACCACAUGGAAAAUAUCUUCUCUACUUGCUUGAAAAUCCUUAUGUAAUUCAACAUGCGCUUCCAAUUCCUGGUCAAACAGUAGACAAUGAAACUAGUGUUGUUUGUGAUUCUAAGGCAUUACAGAAAGUUGUUAAUCCACAUAAUUUCCGAAUAUUUUCUAGAUUAAGAAAAUCAAAUGAUGGUGUACCAGUACGAACUGCGUCAAUUAAUAUCCCUUCAGACAACCCUUCUCCGUAUCCCCCACUAUCAGACAAAAUGAUCUUGGAACCAGUUCCUGAUCGUUUAGCAGAUUCGAAGAAAUUAGUUGAUCGAAAAAUGACCACAAUUAGUUGUUAUAAUGGACGUAUACGAUGUGUGCCAAUUAUUUGUGAUUUAGGCAAAUUAUCCUAUAAAGCUGGACCAAUUACACUUGAAUUUAUUGCAAGACUCUGGGAAAAUACAAUGCGAGAAGACUUUUUAAAAGUAUUUUUAACUAAACUACAUCUGACUGCAACAUGGAAAGCUGAUGUUAAAUAUGGCAUUGACCUUGGCGGUUCGGAUUAUGCACAAGAUACAAUUGAAGUUCAUAUAUUUAAUAAUUUAGAGCAAAAACCGAUCCCACCAAAAUAUAUGGCAUUAUACAUAGGAUUAGCUGUAUUUGGAGGUUUACUAUUGUUAUCUAUUCUAGUUAUUAUACUUUAUAAAGCCGGUUUCUUUAAACGUAAACGUUUCAUGCGAAGACGAACAAAAGUACCGCCUACAGAACCAACCCAAAGACUUGGUCAAUACACUUCAACUGAACCAAAGCAAAGACAGCCGUUGAUUUCACCAAUUCAAACAACCCAUCAUGACAAUAGAAAAGUCACUUCAAGACGAACAAAUUAUCAUCCAGUGCCUAACACACAGGAACCAGCCUAUCGUAGGACACCUUAUUCACCUUCAUCUGACUUUCCCAUUCCACAUAAAUAGUAGAUACUACAUACACUGAUUAUUAUAGAUAUAGAUUUUUUUAUUUUCUAACUUAACAAUUGUCCUUUACGGGUAAUUCAGAAGACUAUCAAUAAUCACAACGAUAUAUAUAUACAUUUCUCGACUGCUGCUCCGAAAAUAUACACCACAACUACAAAUCGUCCAAAUCCCAUCAUUUUACUCAGAAUACUUUUC